UCAAGAAAGGGACUCAUAAACAGUUGAAGGUUGAAGCAAAGCAAGCUCGUCUGCUAUAUAAGACAGCAGAUCGGUGGUUGAGUUCAUAUCAGUUCUUCAUUUAGAUUGAGCAACAUUAGCGCGAAAAGUUUUACAGAAACAUGCAGAGGAUAAUCGCAAUUGUGGCCAUUAUGGCAUUGGGAGCAUCAUCUGUGACGGCACAAAGUUGUCAAACAUGCCAGUCGGAUAACGAUGUGUACUGCCACAAUCAGACCUCCUAUCAGAAUUGCAUGAAAAACGCUCCGGUUGGAAAAGUAAUCGAGUGUCCCUCGGGCACCGUUUGCUCCAAUUCCGAAGAUGUGUGUGUGGCUAGCUCUGCCUUGACCUCAACUAUCCUGGACGUGUGUGGAUCCUCUGGCGCAAACGGUGCCCAGUGUGAAGAGUGCUCGAAUGACGCCAAAUACGCCUGUGUGAGCAGAACAUCCUAUGCCCGUUGCUCCUCAAGCGGAGUUCUACUCACCUCCAAUGUUUACGACUGUGAUUCCGAUGAGAUUUGUGUCAUCCAGGCACUCUCUACGUAUGACACCAUCUGUGUGCCUUCUUGUGCCGCCGACUUUGUGGGCGUAACCGAAACUUGCAGCAACACUGUAUACCAGCCCAUCACCACUACAGCUGUUCCGCCGACAACGCCCAGUGCAGCCCAAAAGCAGCAGGCUUGCAGUGAUGGCGGAACUAGCAACACUGCCUCUUACUUCUAUGUCCCAUAUAAUGACGACUCCACGUGCAACAGUUAUCUGUAUUGCCAGAAAUCGGGCACCGACUGGGUGGCCAUCUACAUGACCUGUGCCCCAACGAAGCCCUUCUUUGACUCAACCACCAGCAAAUGUGUGGACACCAGGCCUGCCAGUUGCUCGGUAACAACAACCACGACCACUAGUGCCACUUCGCCUCAAACCACUUAUUCUUCGACUGAUUCUACAAAUAGUGAUUCUUCCACGGAUGCGUCUACUGCAGCCGCUUCCUCCACACCUGCUCCAUCCGCAACUGAUUCAACUAAUGCAUCUACAGUGGAUGAUUCUUCUACGUCUGCUCCUUCCGCUACCGAUUCAACCGCUAAUGAUUCCUCCACGGUUGCUUCUGACUUUACAGGUGCGACCACUGCAACACCUGCUUCGCAAUCCUCCAACUAAAUCUCUAAUAAACACAGAAAAGGCAUUCUAAAAGCUUUUAAAU